GCGUUUACACCGACUUCACUCGAUACAAAUUGCACGAGUUUGUACACACUCGAGAAAUAAAAAAUACACGUGUAUUUUAAUUGCGUAUAUAGUUUCAUUGUACCUCUGUAUCUGUGUUCUGAAUGUAACAAUCAAAGAAAGCGUGCGAAUGUUCUGCCCAUCAUUUUAUAACAUUGGUUUACACUUUGGGCGGCUGUUAUGAUGGAAGUGUGGAGAAAAAGAGAGGGAGCGAAAGGGAAAAAAGGACAAACUGAGACGGAUCGGCCACUUACGGGAAAGGAGGAUCCAUCUGCUGGCGAAUCUGGAGUUAGACGCCACAACAUGAUGCAGGGUUCAUAACCAAGAAUACAAACACGACAUCGAUUGAACGUUUGCUAUAAAUAAUACUGUUGCUGCAAGACUCACCAUGGACGCUGAUCUGUACGAUGAAUUCGGCAAUUAUAUCGGGCCCGAUUUGGCCUCCGAUAGCGAAGACGAAAAUGAGUAUGGGAACGCUGGAGACGAUGUCGACGACAGGGAGCGCUCCGACGAGGAAAUGGAGGAGGACAAAGAUGAGUCUAGGGAGCAAAAUGACCAGGGUAACUCUAUGGCGGUAGUGCUGCACGAAGAUAAAAGAUAUUACCCUAGCGCACUGGAAGUAUACGGACCAGAGGUGGAAACAUUAGUGCAAGAAGAGGAUGCCCAGCCAUUGGACAAACCACUGAUAGCACCAACUAGGAAGCCAAAGUUUCAGAUCAAGCAGCAACAACUUCCAGAAACGACGUAUAGCAUAGAAUUCUUGGCAGACAUGAUGGAUGCACCCCAUUUAAUUAGGAACGUUGUACUGCUCGGUCACUUGCACCAUGGGAAAACUACUCUAGUCGAUUGUUUGGUGAGGCAAACCCAUCCCUAUCUCCACAGUGUAACGGAUGAAAAGCCUUUGAGGUACACAGACACUCUAUUCACGGAGCAGCAGCGGGGCGUAUCAACCAAAGCGACACCUGUGACUCUGUUGUUACAGGACGUGAAGUCUAAAUCUUAUCUAUUAAACAUAUUUGAUACCCCGGGCCACGUGAACUUUUCCGACGAGGCGACCGCCGCGAUACGUUUAUCUGACGGCGCAAUCCUAAUCGUGGACGCCGCAGAGGGUGUAAUGUUGAACACUGAGCGGCUGCUGAAACACGCGCUUCAAGAGAAGCUUGCGUUAACAGUCUGUAUAAACAAGAUAGACCGUCUGAUCUUGGAGUUAAAACUGCCUCCGUUAGACGCGUACUAUAAAUUGAGGCACAUUAUCGAGGAGAUCAACGGAUUGAUCGCCCUCUACUCGGACAACGAGAAUCCGUCGUUCGUGUCGCCCGCGAUUGGCAACGUGUGUUUUGCAAGCUCCGAAUACAACGUCUGCUUCACCCUAAAAUCCUUCGCCGCCUUGUAUGCAAAGACCCAUCCAGGAUUGAACUCCAACGAGUUCGCGAAGAGACUAUGGGGCGACAUAUACUUCAAUUCGAAGACCCGGAAGUUCACCAAGAAACCUCCGCACAACACCGCACAGCGCAGCUUCAUUGAGUUUAUCUUGGAGCCGUUGUACAAGAUCUUCGCACAGGUUGUCGGCGACGUGGACACUACUUUGCCGGAUGUUUUGGACGAACUGGGAAUCAGAUUGACCUCCGAGGAGAUGAAGAUGAACAUCAGGCCUCUAUUAAGAUUGGUCUGCACCAGGUUUUUGGGAGAUAUGUGUGGACUGGUCGACAUGUGCGUAGCUCACGUGCCUAGUCCCCAGUCGCACGCACCGGUAAAGGUGCAGCACGUGUAUACAGGACCUAUAGACUCUCCUCUCGCGCAGGACAUGGUCAACUGUGAUCCUGAUGGCAGGCUGAUGAUUCACAGCACGAAAAUGUACCCUACCGAAGACUGCACGCUAUUCGUAGUCCUCGGGAGGGUGAUGUCCGGCACUCUAGAGGCAGGACAACGCGUCCGCGUGCUUGGUGAAGCUUAUUCUCGCACCGAUGAAGAGGACUCGCGGGUUCUCACUGUUGGAAGGUUAUGGAUCAGCGAGGCACGCUAUUCCAUCGAGUUAAACCGGGUUCCAGCGGGUAACUGGGUCCUGAUCGAGGGCAUCGACCGACCCAUAGUGAAGACCAGCACGAUCACCGAUCUGAACAGCUCGGACGACCUUCACAUAUUCCGGCCGCUGAAGUUCAACACCCAGAGCGUGAUUAAGAUCGCGGUAGAGCCCGUGAAUCCCUCGGAGCUGCCGAAGAUGUUGGACGGUCUGAGGAAGGUGAACAAGAGCUACCCUCUGCUGGGCACUAGGGUCGAGGAGAGCGGCGAACACGUGGUCCUGGGAACGGGUGAACUGUACCUGGACUGCGCCAUGCACGAUCUGCGUCGCAUGUACUCCGAGAUCGAUAUCAAAGUGGCCGAUCCAGUCGUCGCCUUCGCCGAAACGGUGGUGGAGACCAGUUCGUUAAAGUGUUUCGCGGAGACACCGAACAAACGCAACAAGCUGACGAUGAUCGCCGAGCCGCUGGAGAGAGGUUUGGCCGAGGACAUCGAGGCGGAGCACGUUAAGAUCACGUGGAACAAGAAGCGGUUGGGAGAGUUCUUCCAGACGAAGUACGAUUGGGACUUGCUAGCAGCGAGAAGUAUAUGGGCCUUCGGACCAGACGCAACAGGCCCGAACAUUCUAGUCGACGACACGCUGCCGUCCGAGGUGGACAAGACGCUGCUGAACAGCGCCCGGGACGCCAUCAUUCAAGGCUUCCAAUGGGGCACCAGAGAAGGCCCGCUUUGCGAGGAGCCGAUCCGGAACGUGAAGUUCAAGAUCUUGGACGCUGUGAUCGCCCAGGAGCCUCUGCAUCGAGGAGGCGGCCAGAUCAUUCCAACUGCGAGGAGGGUAGCCUACUCGGCGUUCUUGAUGGCAACGCCCAGAUUAAUGGAACCGUACCUGUUCGUCGAGGUGCAGGCUCCCGCGGAUUGCGUGUCGGCCGUUUACACGGUGCUGGCGAAAAGGAGGGGCCACGUGACCCAGGACGCCCCCGUGCCCGGAAGUCCUUUGUACACCAUCAAGGCGUUCAUCCCGGCGAUCGAUAGCUUCGGGUUCGAGACCGAUCUGAGGACGCACACGCAGGGACAGGCGUUCUGCUUGUCGGUCUUCCACCAUUGGCAAAUCGUGCCCGGCGAUCCGCUCGACAAAAGCAUCACGAUUCGACCGCUCGAGCCUCAACCGGCCACACACCUGGCCAGAGAAUUUAUGCUGAAAACACGGAGGCGGAAGGGUCUGUCGGAGGACGUGUCCAUCAACAAAUUCUUCGACGACCCUAUGUUGCUCGAGCUGGCGCGGCAGGACGUACUUCUGAAUUAUCCAUUAUAAGAAACCUUGUAUAAUUCCAAUUAUACAACAGCUGUAUAAUUCCAAUUUUAGUGCGAAGUCGUAUCGAUAAUAAAAUUAUUUUCUACACAA